AUGGCCAUCACAACGACCGUCAUCACCACCAUGGCCAUCACCACCAUCACCACCAUCACCACAACCAUCAUCGCCACGACCAUCACCAUGACAGGGGGCAGAAAUGCAAACGGCAAGGCCGCCUGCGUGCCCGCCUGGCGGCUGCCUAUCAUCGGCCUGCGUGCACGUUGCGGUGAGACGAGCGGCAUUCCAGCCUCGGCGGGGCGAGGACAAAUCCGUGGCGGAACAACAACGACCAAGGAGUCGCUGAGGGAGUUGGAACACGGCAACGUUCGGGUGCGGGGGAACCCGAAACGAGUUCGAGUUCGAGUUCGAGUGCGUGCGAGAGAGAGAGCGCCCUGGCACGUCGACCCCGUCCUCGUCUCGGACCAGCAGCGACUGCCGAUCUUGCUUGCUCGAACCCCAUCGACCCGCCAAUAUCGGGGCGCCGGCGAGGCCACGAAAUCGGAGCACGCAGACGCGCAUGCAUCCGUUGCCAUGUCGUGGAUGGGUUGCCGAACAGACGGACAUGUGUCCUGUGUGCGAGCUCUGCCGCCGUGUGCCGUUGGUGCAAGUGCUGUCAAGCAUGUACCGGUACCUCUCGGCCGGGCGACAAUCUGUGCGUGGUCGCCCAUGCACGGAGCGAGCAUGCGGAGCUCUCGCGCCGCAACAAACAUGCAGCAGUUGUACAUGUACUUGCAAGCCACAUCGCCUGUAACCGCCAAUCGUGACGCCAUCGGCCAACCGACGGCGUUUCGCCUGCCGCCGCGCGAGCGAACCAAGUCCGCCACCGUCGAAGCCCGUAUCUCCACCAAGUCCCAAAGGCAAUCUCCUCUCCUCCUCCAUCCCACGCCUCCCCCCCCGCCACCGCUCCCCUCCUCACCCAGCGUCGUGGGUUGGCCUGGCCUGGCCUCGGCCGAGGCGGGUACGGACGAGUGCGCGCUCGCCGGUGCGGGUGGCCGUGCCAUGGACAGGCACCCCGAGCAAUCGCUGCCAGUGGGUGCUCGUGGCGAGAACAAAGUUUCGAUCGCGCAGCCCACUGCCGUCAAGGUCGAGGUGCCGUCGAGAGCGGCAUCGAGUCGUCGCACCAGAGAGCGAGCGCGAGCGCGAGCACGCCCGUCGUCUCCAGUCCACGCACGAACCUCGACCGAGGGCUUGCGAGCAGGGGAAUGCACCGACCGAGAGAGAUGGACCCCUUGGAGCGAGCGGAUGAAUGCAUGCGUGCAUGUUCGACGUCUUUCCUUCGCGCGCCCACGAGCGACACAACCUGCGUGGAAGUGUGCAUGCGCACGUCCAUCCAUGUUGGGAUGGAGCCUGCUCGGAGGCCAGAGUACUGUACGUGAUGAACCACGGCAAGGCGAGUGCCGUCGCCGCCUGCACGAAUGGGUCGACGAAACGAGCCGGGUGGCCGUGAGCCUCGACGCAAACCACCGCAUCCGUUCCGCUGCAGAUCCAAGUGCCGGCCCUGCAAGUACUUGCGCUGGUGCUGAUGCAACCCAUGACUUGCUGCUGGAGGACGCUAGCCGUCGCGGUACCUGCUGCACCUGCCCAUGUGCAUGCAGAGCCAGCCGACGUGUUUCGUACGUGCGCAGUACGGAGUACGGAUACUCGCCGCUGGGUUCGUGCGUACUGGUGCCUACUAAAGCCCAUCUUUGGUCCGCCGAUUACCGCGUUCCCUCGUCGCCCGUCGCCUCCGCAAUCGUAGAAAAUCAACAAUCCUCGCUCUCGCUCCACGCCCUGGCCUGCUCCGCCGCUGCCCACCUCCUCCACCUACCUCGAUCUCGGAUCCGACCUGAGCUCCCCCGUCGGACGCCAACCACGACGGAUUCGAGCCAUCUCCUUGGGCCUCUCGACGGCAGUGAGCACCGCCCAGCUGCUGACGACGACGACGGCUCUCGUUCGCACCUGGUCUUCCCUCCGUCCGUCUGCCGCGUCCGCCUCGUCCGUUGCUCUCACGCACGGAGGCUCGAAAGGCGGCCGACCGACCGACCGACCGACGGCAGGCCAACGCCGACCAAACCUGGCGAGUGUCAUGGCCGCAGCCUUUCCGAUCGCCUCCCUCCGACUCCCGCUGGAAUAGAUAUUGCCUAUUCGUUGGGCCUGACGAUUCUUGCCUUCGUCGGCACAGCGCCCAUGGACUCUCUCGUCCCGAACGCACCCCAUCGGCGGCGCAGCUCGCUGCUCCUGGUGUCCCUCUGGUGCGCCGCCGUGGCGGCUCUGGACAUCAACCUGUGCGCAAGCUUCAACACGGCUGACUCGCCCCGAAACGUCAGCAUCUACCAGACCAAUGGCUUGUGCCACGACUAUUGUAUGCCAAAGGGCCUCGCCUACGCCGUCACCCAAGGCAACUCUUGCUGGUGCUCCGACUACACGCCUGCCGAUGCCGUGCAGGUGAGCGACUCCAAGUGCAGCCAGCCAUGUCCGGCCUAUCCGUCCGAGAAGUGCGGCGGCGACGGCGUCUUUGGCUACAUUGCCCUCAACAACGUCCUGCCGUCUGGCACCAAGGGCCCGAUCGAGUCGAGCUCGACUCCCGCUUCCACUUCUUCUAGCCCAUCCUCCAAGUCGAGCGUAUCCGGCACGACGACCCCCCCUACCACUUCCUCGAUCGUCCAGACGGUCACGGCCGGUGGCACCGUCCGAACCGUCACCAUUUCUCCCACGCAGACGAACCAAGCGUCCAACGACCGGGCAGGCUUUCCUAUGCAGAGCAGUGGCCUCGGCACCGGUGCCGUCGUCGGCAUAGUCGUGGCCAUCGUCGUCGUCAUCCUGGCGUGCGUUGCCCUCGGCCUGUUCAUGUACUUCCGACGCCAGGCGAAGAAGCAGAACCAGAGCGACUACCCGGAUGACCCCAGCAUCCGGGGCAGCUCCUCCAACAUGAUGGGCGGCCGCCCGGAGAUGUCCGGUAUUUCUGGCGCCUCCAGCUCGCCUUCGUCGGCUGCGGCGGCUGCGGCGGCGGCGGCGGUGGCGGCCGCCUCCGCGGGCGGUCGGAACAGCCUGCUGCAGGUUGACCCGCGCAUGGACCCGUUCAAGCAGGGCCUGUACGCGCGGGCCGGCAGCCACGAGAGCGUCAACACGUUGCGCGACGACCACGACUACUCGCGCAAGAUCCAACAACCCAAGGUCCUCCGGGCCAUGAAUCCGGAUCCCGUCGUGAACUGA